AAAAGCAUUCCGAGAAUUCCAAGCUUGGAUGGACCAUCCUGCGGCCGAACCGUGCGAUGGACAGUUCGAACGGUUCUCUGACGAUUGGUGGUACUGCGCCAUUAGAAACUUCGGCUCUUCGUCGUACCAUUCCGUGGGAACAACGCGCAUGGGGAAUUCUACCGUUGAUUCAGUGGUGGAUGCUAAGCUAAAGGUCCACGGUAUUGGGGGAUUGAGGGUUGUCGAUGCUGGAGUGAUGCCGGUUAUGAUAUCGGGACAUACGAACGCUCCUACAAUUAUGGUAGCAGAAAAAGCGGCCGAUUUAAUAAAACAGGAUUAUAAUGUUUAAGUCGAUUCUAUAUAUUUGUUUGAAUACUGUUGGUCUAUAUUCUUUAUUAGAGAAAUUUAAUAACACUGGUUGGCAAUGAAAUCCUGAAAUAUGAUUUUUUUUUAUAUUUCAAAAUUUUGUUUUUUUUUUUUUUCAAUUUUUUCAUUCGUCAACGUUACAAAAAAUAAAUAUACAUACAAAAUGAAUUUCAGAGAGUUGUAAGAGAACGGAGGGAAGUGCCGAAGGUGAUUUAUGUGGUAGUAAAUACCCGCAUGCGCAGUAUUCAUUGUGACACUACAACAGUUCAGUGAACACUUGUCGUUUAAUUGUUUACCUUUUAUAUCAAAUAUUUUGGUACGUUUUGCAUAAAGUUCAUGUUCUCUACAUUGGAUUUAAGUAUUUGAUGUAUAGUUUGAGUAUUUUUUUUAAGUAGAGCCAAUAAAUAUAAAAUAGAAGUUUGAAAGUUGUUUUAAAAUUAAUUUUAUGUGAUUUUAGGUUACAAAAUGCCACGGACUUGUAAAAAUUCCUCAGAUUGUUUUCGCUACAUUUGUGGGGAAUACAUACUAAAAACAC